AUGGCUACAGCUGCAUCAGAUGCCCCUACAUCGCAUGAACAACGGACUGUGCAAGAGCCCAGGGCACCAGCAAUGCAAAAUGCCCUUAUUACAGGCAUCACACAAGCUACUCAGGAUGUCCGACUCAUUGAUUUUACGAUACAAAACCCACCGGGACCUUUCAAGUUCAAGGCGGGUCAGUGGGUCGAUACGUUUACGCCUGCGAGUGAGCAGGCAGGAGGCUUUACCAUUGUCUCUACGCCAGCACAAGGCUUGCAAGGAACUUUUCGUCUCGCCGUGCAAAAAGCAGAGCGCAAUCCUCCUGCAAAAUGGCUCUGGAGACCUGUUGAUCAACUCGUCAACAAGCAAACGGUAGAGGUCCGCGUUGGAGGCCAAUUCACGUUCCCUCCCGUCAACUUUCGAAGACUUGCUGGACAAGUGCGUGGCAUCACAUUGAUUGCUGGUGGUAUUGGAGCAAAUCCAAUGAUGAGCAUCCUGGGAGCCCUUCGUGACGCCAAGGCGCCUUUGCGGGUGACUAUGUUGUAUGGCUUCAAAUCUGCAGAUAUGGCACUGUAUCUGGACGAUUUGGAUAAGUUUGUCAAAGAGAGUGAUCUUAAGCUGCGCUUAUUUUCAUCACAGUCUGCAGACACGGAAGGCUUGCCAGGCGCGAUCUAUGAGCGACGUAUGACGGAGGAGGAUUUGGCUAAAGCAGUCUCCGAAGGCAAAGAAGACACGUUGUUCUAUGUCUGCGGUCCUGCCAAGAUGACAGACUGGGCGCAAGAGUUCUUGUUGAAAGAAGGCGUACCCAAGGACAUGGUCCAAACAGAGAGAUGGUGGUAG